GCUGGGGCGGCGUCAGCGGGCGCGCGGUGCCGGCUCCAGGGCUUUAAAGCAGCGUGUAAGCUGAGAUGCUACCACAGACAGCGGCGCGGCGGCGGCGGCCGCAGGAGCUCCUCGAGCCCAGACGGGCGCCCGCCUUUCGCCCCCGCCGCGCCCCGGGGCAUGAGAGCGGCCGCCCCGCGGCUCUAGGUACCCUCCGGGCCCCAUGGCGACGACCCGCGCUGCCCGCGCCCUCCUCCUGCUGCUGCUGCUGGUGUGCCCGCCGGGGCUGCGGCGGGGGGCGCGGGGCGGCGGGCAGCGCCCGCGGGGCUGUCCGGCGCCGUGCCGCUGCGAGCUGGACGGAGUGCUGCUCCGCGCCGACUGCUCCGACCGCGGCCUCACCGCCGUGCCCGCCAACCUCAGCGUCUUCACCUCCUACCUUGAUCUCAGUAUGAACAACAUUACUAAGCUGCCCUCAAACCCUGUGCACAACCUCCGCUUCCUGGAAGAGCUACGUCUUGCAGGAAAUGGCUUGACAUACAUUCCUAAGGGAGCAUUUGCUGGCCUUUUCAGUCUUAAAGUGCUGAUGCUGCAGAAUAACCAGCUACGCCAGGUUCCUACCGAAGCACUCCAGAACCUGCGCAGCCUGCAGUCUCUGCGUCUGGAUGCCAACCACAUCAACUAUGUACCCCCCAACUGCUUCAAUGGCUUGGUCUCCCUUAGACACCUGUGGCUAGAUGAUAAUUCCUUGACAGAAAUUCCCGUCCAAGCUUUUAGGAGUUUACCAGCACUUCAGGCAAUGACGUUGGCACUGAAUAAAAUUCAUUACAUACCGGACUAUGCCUUUGGAAACCUCUCCAGUCUGGUAGUUCUACAUCUCCAUAACAAUAGAAUCUAUUCCCUGGGAAAGAAAUGCUUUGAUGGGCUCCACAGCCUAGAGACAUUAGAUUUAAAUUACAACAGUCUGGAUGAGUUCCCCACUGCUAUCAGGACACUAACAAACCUAAAAGAACUGGGAUUUCAUAGCAAUAACAUCAAGUCAAUACCUGAGCGUGCAUUUGUGGGUAAUCCUUCACUUAUUACAAUACAUUUUUAUGAUAAUCCUAUCCAGCUCGUUGGAAAAUCUGCUUUUCAACAUUUACCAGAACUAAGAACUUUAACUUUAAAUGGUGCUUCACAGUUAACAGAGUUUCCUGAUCUGACAGGAACUACAAGUCUGGAGAGUUUGACACUCACAGGAGCACAGAUCACCUCUCUCCCCAAAUCAGCUUGUGACCAGUUACCUAAUCUCCAAGUGCUGGAUCUGUCUUAUAACCUGCUGGAAGAUUUACCCUGUUUUACUGCGUGUAAAAAACUCCAAAAAAUUGACUUGCAUCACAAUGAAAUCGCUGAAAUCAAAGCAGACACGUUUCGGCAGCUGGCUGCACUUCGGUCUCUGGAUUUAGCUUGGAACAAAAUUAAAAUUAUUCACCCCAAUGCUUUCUCCUCUUUACCAUCUCUGAUCAAAUUGGAUGUGUCAUCCAACCUUUUGUCCUCUUUUCCUGUGACGGGGCUACAUGGUUUAACUCAUUUAAAAUUAACAGGAAAUCAUGCCCUACAAAGUUUGAUAACAUCUGAAAAUUUUCCAGAACUCAAGGUCAUGGAAAUGCCUUAUGCCUAUCAGUGCUGUGCCUUUGGAGCUUGUGAGAACCACUACAGAAUCUCCAGCCAAUGGAACAAAGAUGAUAAUAGCAGCAUGGAUGACUUCCAUAGAAAGGAUGCUGGACUGUUACAAAUUCAAGAUGAACGUGAUUUUGAGGAUUUUUUCCUUGACUUUGAAGAAGAUUUGAAAUCACAUCAUUCAGUGCAAUGCUCACCUUCUCCAGGUCCCUUCAAACCGUGUGACCAUCUGUUUGGUAGCUGGCUGAUCAGAAUUGGAGUGUGGACCAUAGUGGGUUUGACCUUUGUUUGCAAUGCACUGGUGUCCGCUACAGUUUUCAGAUCUCCAUUGUAUAUGUCCUCCAUAAAACUUUUGAUUGGUUUAAUAGCCAUUGUAAAUGCCCUGAUGGGUCUGGCCAGUGGAGUACUGGCUAGUGUGGAUGCAUCCACUUUUGGUAGCUUUGCUCGGUAUGGAGCACAAUGGGAAAGUGGAAUUGGUUGCCAAAUAACUGGUCUUCUCUCAAUUUUUGCUUCAGAGGCUUCCAUAUUACUCCUUACCCUAGCUGCACUCGAACGUGCGUUCUCUGUAAAGCAUGCUGCAAAGUUUGAAACAAAAUCCUCCAUUGCUAGCGUAAAAAUUGCCACUUCCUUUUGCUUUAUGUUGGCACUAAUCAUUGCAGUGAUUCCCCUUCUCACUGGAAGUGAGUAUGGAGUUUCUCCGCUUUGUUUGCCGCUCCCAUUUGGAGAGUCCACUGCUAUGGGCUACAUGGUAGCGCUGGUAUUGCUGAACUCCCUUUGCUUUCUGGUAAUGACUGUUGCUUAUACAAAGCUCUACUGUAGUUUAGAAAAGGGAGAGCUAGACAACAUUUGGGAUUGCUCUAUGGUCAAACAUAUAGCCUUGCUACUUUUUACUAAUUGCAUUCUUUAUUGCCCUGUGGCCUUCUUAUCUUUUUCCUCCUUACUAAACCUCACUUUUAUCAGCCCAGAAGUGAUUAAGUCAAUACUUCUAGUGAUUGUCCCACUGCCAGCGUGUCUAAACCCACUGCUUUAUAUACUUUUCAAUCCACAUUUUAAAGAGGAUUUGGGAAAUCUGCGAAAGCAAACUUUGAUAUGGAGGAGAUCAAAACAUGCUAGUCUGAUCUCUGUGAAUUCAGAAGACAUAGAAAAGCAAUCUUGUGACUCAACACAGGCACUGGUAACCUUCACGAGUGCCAGCAUAUCAUAUGAUAUGCCCACCAGCAGUUCACUAAUGCCACCCUCUUAUCAAAUGACAGAGGGCUGCAAUCUUUCGUCAGUUGCAUUUGUUCCCUGUCGCUAGUUGCAGAAACAGUACAAAAAAUACCUCUGUUUACAAAUUUUUUAAUCCCAAAAGUAAGUGUGGAUGUGUGCAUAUGGGUGUAGAGAGUGCCUCUAAAUUAUUAUGACACACCUCAGAAAACAGACAACGACAAAACUUGCGGCAGGAUGAAAAUCCAAUACUUGAUUCUGCUCAGCCUGCUCCCGAAAUGCUGAGAUGAAGAGAGGAAAUUAAAGCUGCUGAAGUUUGAGCAGUUGUAUCAGCUGUUCUCAUUUAAAGUAGCACUACUCAGAAAGGGCAUCAGUUUUGGUUGAGAACAAAAUAGCAUAUUAAAUUUGUAUCAUUUUUUCAAAGUAUGACCUGAUGUUUUCAGGGGUUGGGUUAUUUUUUUCCUGUUUAUUGCAAUUUGGUUUUAAUAAUAGUUUUUCAGUGCCAUGAUUGUUUUUGUAAGCAUCUGUGUGUGGCCUUUGUUCAGCAAGGUAUCAAGAACAGAAGAGUAGUCCUGCUCAAGUCCUAAAGGCUUCUGCAGAACACCCUUUGAUGAAGUUCCAUGAUUGAUAAAGCUGAUUAAAUGGUUUAACUGGCAUUGGGU